CCCUCCCCUCCCUUCUCCUUCCACACCGACUUCCCCACUCCCCUCAGAGGGAGAGAACCCCACCACUCUUCCCUUCCGUCCUCCCCCUUCUUCCUUCCUUCUUCCUUCCAUCUAGCAAUAAAAAGAAAGAAAAGGCGAGGAGCAAGAAAAGCAAAAGCAAAAAGAACUCGCCAAUCACCCAAAAAAAAGAAACCCCUUUCUCCCGGAAAAGAAGAAGAUAGCGAGAGAUAUAGCCCCCGAGAAGGCAUGGGGAUCGGAGGCAGAAGUACCCACGACUCUUCGCCGCUUAAUGCCAGAGUUAAGAUCGUUCGAGAAUGUCGGAGAUCGUCCCCGAAGGCCCUUCCCACCGGCCGAUCCGGCCCUCCUCCACGCCGCCCUUGUGGCAGCCGUCGAGGGACCCCGACUGCGUACCGGAGCCCUUCGACAGCGAGAAGCUGCCUCCCACUCUACUGCUCGAUAUCCGGCCCUUCCUUCGCGUUGCCAACCAGAUUGAAAGGGAGUCUCCUCGCGUUGCCUAUCUCUGUCGUUUCCAUGCUUUUGAAAAGGCACACUUGAUGGAUCCUCAUUCAAAUGGACGAGGUGUUCGGCAAUUAAAAACUUCUCUUCUUCAGCGUCUUGAAAAGGACGAGAAAGCCACUAUGCAGAAGGGAAAACAUGAUGCUCGAGAGCUGAAAUCAUUCCUGCACAGAAUGAAAAAGAUGAAUCAACAUGAAAUUGCAUCUGUUCUAUCUGAAGUUUUGAAGGCUGUUCUAUCUGGAGCUCGUCCUGAGGCUGGUGAAGAAACUGAAGAAAAGUCAAGUUUAUAUAGUCCAUAUAAUAUUCUUCCACUUGAUUCUAGAGGUGGUCAGCAAGCAAUUAUGCUUCUUCCAGAGAUCAAAGCUGCAGUUUCUGCUGUCCGUAACAUACGAGGUCUUCCCUUAGCAAGUAAUCAUCAGGAAACAGGUGCCUAUGCAGAUAUACUAGAAUGGCUUCAGUGCUGGUUUGGGUUUCAGAAAGGAAAUGUGGCUAAUCAGCGGGAGCAUCUAAUUUUGUUGCUUGCUAACAUACAUGCUAGAUUGAAUCCAAAGCCUGCAUCCAUGAUGAAGCUUGAUGAUAGAGUUGUGAAUAAACUUAUGCUGCAAAUAUUUAAAAAUUACUUGAACUGGUGCAAAUUUUUGGGCAGAGAAAGCAACAUUAGGUUACCAUCUGUGAAGCAGGAAGUACAACAGUAUAAAAUAUUGUAUAUUGCUCUUUAUCUUCUUAUUUGGGGGGAGGCUUCAAACUUGCGGCUAAUGCCAGAGUGUCUAUGUUACAUAUUUCAUCAUAUGGCAUAUGAGGUAUAUGGAGUGUUAUCUGGUGCUGUUAGCGUGAACACUGGAGAAAAGGUUGUACCUGCAUAUGGAGGAGAAUGUGAAUCUUUUCUUAAGAAUGUUGUUACUCCAAUAUACAGGGUCAUAUAUGAGGAAGCUCAAAAGAACCAAAAUGGGAUUGCUGACCAUUCUGCAUGGAGAAAUUAUGAUGAUCUUAAUGAGUAUUUCUGGUCGGUUGAUUGUUUCAAGCUUGGUUGGCCUAUGCGUCCUGACAAUGACUUCUUUUGUACAUUGUUUUCUACUAAAAGUGAAAAACCUAAGGCUGCUACAAAUACAUGUUGUCAGCAGAAGUGGUUGGGGAAGACAAAUUUUGUAGAAAUUCGAUCAUUUUGGCACAUUUUUAGAAGCUUUGAUAGGAUGUGGACAUUUUUUGUACUUGCACUCCAGGUAAUGAUAAUCAUGGCAUGGCAUGACCUGGAAACACCUCUUCAGUUGCUUGAUCCAAUGAUCUUUGAGGAUAUUUUGAGCAUUUUUGUAACUAACGCAGUUCUGAGGCUCAUACAAGUGACUCUAGACAUUGCUUUUGCAUGGAAAGCAAGGAACACAAUGAACUUUAAUCAGAAACUAAGAUUCCUGGUCAAGUUUUUUAUUGCUGCUGCAUGGGCUGUUACCCUUCCAGUUUCUUAUGCCACUUCACGUGGAGAUUCUCUCUGCCACACCAAACAUUCUGAAAACAAUCUUGACAUUUUUUGUUUGUCAUCAUAUAUGAUUGUCGUUGCAGUAUACUUGAUGACCAAUGUAAUUGGGAUGGCAUUAUUUUUUGUUCCUAUGGUUAGCAGCUACAUUGAAACCUCAAAUUGGUGGGUGUGCAACGUUCUGUCAUGGUGGGCUCAACCUCGACUGUACAUUGGACAAGGGAUGCUAGAACGUCAAGUAUCACUUCUAAAGUAUACAAUAUUCUGGGUAAUUUUAUUGUCAAGCAAAUUUUCAUUCAGCUACAACUUUGAGAUAAAGCCACUUGUAGAACCCACAAAACAAAUAAUGAAAGUUAGUGUAAACGAAUAUGAUUGGCAUGAGCUAUUUCCAGAAGUUAGAAGCAAUGCUGGUGCAAUUCUUGCUAUAUGGUCCCCAAUUAUUCUUGUCUAUUUCAUGGACACACAAAUAUGGUAUUCUAUAUUUUGCACAAUAUUUGGUGGAAUUUAUGGCAUUGUUCAUCAUCUGGGCGAGAUUCGUACGAUGGGAAUGGUGAGAAGUAGAUUUGACUGCUUGCCCUCUGCAUUUAAUGUUUUUCUUGUACCUCACUCAUCACAAAAUGCAAACAAGAGGACUUUCAGAAGCUUCUUGCAAAACAACAUUUUUAAGGAUUCAAAAACUGAAAGAAAUGAUUUCGCUAAAUUUGCUUUAGUUUGGAAUCAAAUCAUCUUCAGUUUCCGUUUGGAGGACUUAAUAAGCAACAGAGAGAUGGAUUUGAUGAUCAUGCCACUGUCAUCAGGCUUGACUUCUGGCCUUGUGCGGUGGCCCUUGUUUCUCUUAGCUAGUAAGUUUUCAACAGCAGUGAACAUGACUAGAGAUUUUGUUGGAAAAUAUGAGCACCUCCACCGAAAAUUAAAAAAAGAUAAUUAUAUGUUCUGUGCAGUUAAGGAGUGUUAUGACUCCGUAAAAAGUAUCUUCAAGUUUCUUGUUGUUGGUGAACUUGAAAAAAGGAUUGUGGAUACGAUCUUCAAUGAAAUUGAAAGAAGUAUCAGAAAUUCAAGCCUCCUUGUGGAUUUUAAGAUGCAUGAACUGCAAACUCUCCAUGAUAAAUUUGUCCAACUAAUUAAAUUACUGUUUGAGAAUGAUAAAGAUCAUCGGGAUAAAGUAGUCAUAUUACUUCAAGAUAUUGUUGAAAUCUUGAUCAGUGAUAUGAUGGUAGAUGGUUGCAGGAUAUCGGAUAUGAUUAAUUGUUCUCAAAUCAUGAAGUGGAAUGAUGAUGGCCCCGAACUGAAGCAACUACCUGAUGCAAACAACUAUCUGGUGCAUUUAAGAGACCAUGAAUCAGAGUUGUUUGCAUCAAAUGCCCCAAACUCUUCCCUAUGUUUCCCGCUUCCAGAUGAUGGCCCAUUGAAGGAGCAGGUUAAACGACUAUUUUUGCUGCUUUCUGUCAAAGAAACAGCUGCGGAUAUUCCUACUAACUUAGAGGCUCGACGACGCAUCUCAUUUUUUGCGACUUCUCUUUUUAUGGAUAUGCCUAUUGCUCCCAAAGUUCGCAAUAUGUUGUCAUUUAGUGUGAUGACUCCAUACUUCAUUGAAGAAGUUAAUUUUUCAGAGGAGGAGCUUCAUUCAAGUGAAGAUAGGGCAUCCAUCUUAUCUUAUAUGCAAAAGAUAUAUCCAGAUGAGUGGAAAAACUUCCUGGAACGUUUAGGUCCUAAGGUGACCAAUGAAGAAAUUCGAUAUUGGGCUUCUUUCCGUGGGCAAACACUAAGUCGCACAGUUCGAGGAAUGAUGUACUAUAGAAAGGCAAUAAAGUUACAAGCAUUUCUUGACAGGACUCGUGAUAAUGAUAUUGAUAGAGGACUUAUUGCCAUGGAACGAGAAUACAAUAAGAAGAACAGCCAGCAAUCAUUGUCUGCCCAAUUAGAUGCACUAGCAGACAUGAAAUUCACAUAUGUUAUCUCUUGUCAAAUGUUUGGAGAACAAAGGUCGUCUGGUGAUCCGCAUGCUCAGGACAUUAUUGAUUUGAUGAUAAGGUAUCCAUCUUUACGUGUUGCCUACAUUGAAGAGAGAGAAGAAAUAGCAGAUAAUAAACCUCACAAGGUUUAUUAUUCAGUUUUAGUUAAAGCAGACAAUAAUCUGGACCAGGAGAUAUUUCGUAUCAAGCUUCCUGGUCCUCCAAUUAUUGGGGAAGGGAAGCCUGAGAACCAGAAUCAUGCAAUCAUUUUUACUCGUGGUGAAGCCCUCCAGACAAUUGAUAUGAACCAAGACAACUAUCUGGAAGAAGCCUAUAAAAUGAGAAAUGUUCUUCAAGAAUUUCUUAAAAAUCAUGGAGAGCACCACCCAACCAUACUUGGGCUUAGAGAACACGUAUUCACGGGAAGUGUUUCAUCUCUUGCUGGGUUUAUGUCUUAUCAAGAGGCUAGCUUUGUCACCAUUGGACAGCGCUUUCUUGCGAAUCCCCUCAGGGUACGAUUUCAUUAUGGUCAUCCAGAUGUGUUUGAUAGGGUAUUUCACAUAACUAGAGGUGGCAUAAGUAAAGCAUCUAAAACAAUCAAUUUGAGCGAGGGUGUAUUCGCAGGAUAUAAUUCCACGCUACGUUGCGGAUGUAUAACUCAUAAUGAGUACAUGCAAGUGGGCAAAGGGCGUGAUGUUGGUCUUAACCAGAUAUCCAAGUUUGAAGCUAAAGUAGCAAAUGGAAACAGUGAACAAACUCUGAGCCGUGACAUUUACCGUCUUGGAAGACGUUUCAACUUUUUUCGAAUGCUUUCUUGUUAUUUCACCACAGUUGGAUUUUACUUCAACAUCCUAAUAUCAAUACUCGGGGUUUAUAUUUUUCUCUAUGGGCAGCUAUACUUGGUUCUUAGUGGAGUGGAGAAAGCGCUACUGGCUGAGGCUCAGAUGCAUAACAUAAAAUCUUUAGAAACAGCUCUUGCAUCCCAGUCUUUCCUGCAACUAGGUCUUCUCACAGGAUUACCAAUGGUGAUGGAGCUUGCUUUGGAGAAAGGAUUUCGUUUGGCCUUGAGUGAUUUUAUUCUCAUGCAAUUGCAGCUAGCAUCUGUCUUUUUCACAUUUUCCCUUGGAACAAAGGCCCACUAUUUUGGUCGAACAAUCCUUCAUGGUGGUUCCAAGUACAGACCAACAGGCCGCAGAUUUGUAGUUUUUCAUGCAAGUUUUGCUGAAAAUUAUCAACUAUACUCUCGCAGCCACUUCGUCAAAGGAUUUGAAUUGCUUUUCCUCUUGAUUGUUUAUAAUAUGUUUAGGAAAUCUUAUGAGAGCACUAUGGUAUAUUUCAUGGUCACAUACUCCACAUGGUUUAUGGCUGGAACAUGGCUGUGCGCUCCUUUCCUUUUUAAUCCUUCUGGAUUUGUCUGGCGGAAGAUUGUGGAAGACUGGACAGAGUGGAACAAGUGGAUGAAGAAUCAGGGGGGUAUAGGAGUACAGCCUGACAAGAGCUGGGAAUCAUGGUGGAAUGCUGAACAUGCUCAUCUCCGGCACUCAGGGCUGAGUUCUAGAAUUCUCGAAGUACUUCUCUCCCUGCGCUUCUUCAUUUAUCAAUAUGGACUAGUUUAUCACCUUGACAUAUCUCAAGAUAAUAAAAAUUUCACGGUGUAUGUGCUCUCCUGGCUUGUUAUUGUUGCCGUCUUUGUAUCAGUUAAGGCUGUAAAUGAGGGGCGUCGGCAUCUUAGUACAAAUUAUCAUCUUGUGUUCAGGUUUUUAAAACUGGUGCUAUUUCUGGGUGUGAUAGCUUGCAUGAUUACUCUUUCAAGGAUAUGCGAACUCUCGAUUAUGGAUUUGAUUGUAUGCUGUCUUGCAUUUCUACCCACUGGUUGGGGACUGCUGUUGAUCGUGCAAGUUUUGAGGCCCAAGAUAGAAGACUAUGGAAUAUGGGAGCCUAUCCGAGUUAUUGCUCAAGCUUAUGACUAUGGAAUGGGUUCUUUGCUUUUUGCACCUAUAGCAGCAUUGGCAUGGAUGCCUGUCGUCUCAGCCAUUCAAACUCGUGUUCUUUUCCACCAGGCAUUUUACCGGCAAUUGCAAAUUCAACCAAUUCUUGCUGCAAAAAGGAAACAUAGGUAAAUGAAGGCUUGAUGUGGUUGCAAUUCAUGGCCGUUCAUGUCUUUCUUGUAAAGUAUUCCUUGUAAUUUAUCUUCACGCCCUGCACUCUUUCAUGAAGGUACUGUUAUUAUUUUGGGAUUUAAUUGAAAUUUGAUUAAGCUUAGUCUUUUUUUAACAUA